CCCAAUAGAAGUUUUUCUUCAUCUCCGGGAGGCGGAGGAGAGGGUUAAUCGGAAUACCUUCUUCGUUGUUGACGGACCUCGCCGGAUUUCUCACCGUCGUCUGUCUUUCGUCGUCGGAAUAAUGAGCCUAUCACUAAUUCAAGGAUAUUCUUCCGCCGAAGAAGAAGAUGAACAGAGAGACGGAAUUGGAUCUGAAGACGAGUACGGUACUUCUUCAGACAACGACGAUGACCGGAGCCGCGACGUGCCGGAGAAAAGUUACACACCUUUGUUUGAACUCUCAAAACCCUCGCCUAAUGGCGAAACUUCUCUUCCUUCCGCCUUUGACGUCUUCGCUGAAGUUUCACGACCGCCGGAUUUCCUUAACAAUUGCGUUGAUGCGCCUACUCUGCCUGAUGAUGACGGUGGUGGUGGCAACAGAUGGCACAGUCGAAAGCGAAAUCGCAAGGAUAAGAGGGAUUUGCCUGCCGGUGUUGUAGUGGAGGCGAAAGCUCAACUUGUUGGAAUCCAUGAACGUGUAAGAAGCGAUAUCGAAGGUAAUGGUAAUGCCAAUCCAGUCGGACAAUCCAUUGAAUCGUCACAACCUGGAGGCAAGCGUGUAGUAUCCGUAGCUAAUCCAAAUGCAGAAGAUGCUGCAGAGCUUCUCAGGAUGUGCUUGCAAUGUGGAGUCCCGAAAACAUUCUCGAAUGCAAAGGGAAUGGUCUGUCCAAUAUGCGGCGAUCGUCCACCCAUGGAUCCCAACAGCAGCGAGUCGGUAAAGAAGAAAGGGUCGAUGAUCAAAGAUAAAGAGAAGAAUAAGAGGAUGAAAGGACAGUCUUCGCACUCUAGUUGGAAGAGUGAAACAGAAAUGGCUCUGCGACAACAGUUUGAUUAGC